AAAAUACAAAGGCCUUUUUGUCCCGCAGUUAUUGGGAUGACAAAAAAAAAAUCAGUAAAAAUUCCAUUUGCAAUCUGUAAUAGUAUCUUUCAGAAUAUUUCGCUAAACAUGAUCUAAUUAACUUAUUUGCCCAUUUACAUGCACACAUAUGACGCAUAUUAUUGCUUAAAUAUUAGAUAAACAAUACUUUACAGUGCAUUCACUCUUAAUUAUAUAUUUACUUCUCGCAGGCAGCAAAACUCUGGCUACGACUUCGAGGCGUUUUUCUUUUUUUUCUUUUUGUUGUACUGAUAAAACACAAUAAGAGGGAAGUAGUAUAAAGUCGUAUUACUCACCACGCCUUUGCGGUUGAAAAAAACUAGGUCUUGCUCGCAUCAACACCCACAUAAUGCCGAUAUUAUAUAGUGUUAUAGCCCGUGGCACGACGGUGCUGGCUAAGUUUGCUGAAUGUGUUGGCAAUUUUGCAGAAGUAACGGAACAAAUAAUGGGCAGGAUUGGCAUUCACAAUCACAAAAUGACCUACACACACGGCGACUAUUUAAUACAUUACACUUGCGAAAAUAAGCUGAUUUACAUGUGUAUAACCGACAACGAAUUUGAACUUCCACGCGCUUUUCUCUUCUUGGCGGACAUUAAGCAGAAAUUUAUACAGACUUAUGGCUUACAGGUUGCUACAGCAAUUGCCUAUGCAAUGAACACGGAGUUCUCCAAAAUUCUGUCCCAGCAAAUGGUAUACUAUAGUCAAUCGCGAGAUGUGGAAACCUUAACCCGUGUACAUGGUCAGGUUGACGAACUGAAAGAUAUAAUGAUUAAGAAUAUUGAUAGUCUGCGCGAUCGGGGCGAGAAACUGGAGCUGUUGGUCAAUAAAACAGAGAACUUAAGUAAUAACUCAGUUGCAUUCCGCAAAGCGUCGCGCAAUUUGGCACGUCAAAUGUUUUGGAAAAAUAUUCGCAUCUACGUUGUCGUCGGCUUAGUAAUCAUAUUUAUUAUUUAUGUAAUUGUAAGCAUGGCCUGUGGUGGCCUUGCCUGGCAGUCGUGCAUUCAAUAGGCCGAUGCGAUGCGAAAGUUCGAAUUGUUAUAGUUCAUAGCGAUGUUUAUUUACAUAUUUAACUUUCGUACUAUCAUAAUCUCUGUUAUAUUUAAUAAAGAUGAAUGUAUAAAGUAUAUUUAAAAAAAAAUGUCCGCUCGUAGUAUUCUGAUUCAAUUGUCCUCCACAUAAACGAUGUCAUUGGCCUUAACAUUUCCUGGACUCCGGAGACCCAAAUGCAAUCCCAUCGCUGGCGACGGGUAGUCGAACAAACGAUAGCUGUAAGCGAUUGGCAAAAGUUUAAGUGUUAAGCGCGGAAAUAUUCAUAUUGGGCUUUGAUAAUGCCCCAUAUUGCCCAUCUACCUGCGAAGUGUUUUCAGCGGAUCGCCGUCGAUGUCCCGCUCAGCCGUUCUAACGUUUAUGUUCGUGAAAAUGCACCGAGUGCAAGGUGCAACUACACGAAAGAUAGCCUCGUUGCCGAUGCGUAUCCAUUGCCAGUGGUCUUCGGCGUAAGGCUCAUCAACGUCCA